AUGCCAGAUAGAAACUCCUUCGUCCACACCCCACGAAGGUCGCCGAGAUUCUUCCCCGAACAACACCACAACACUCCCAACCCCAAAUCCGCAAAACGCACCGUUUCCGCCCAAAACUGCGCUGUUGCGUCGAGAAGAUCGCCGAGGCUGAACAAUGGGAUCGAUCUCAGACGAUCUUCCAGGUUGAACAAAGAGACAAGCGAUGAAAAAUUGAGAGCCGCCAGAGUGAAGGCUGGUGAUGCUGAAACGCAGGAAAACCGUGUCGUUUCGGAGGAGGGGUUUGGUGGAGGAGCGAAGAAGCGGGGAAAUGGGAAGAGACUUGAUGGUAAAACGCGGGAAAAUCGUGUCGUUUCGGAUGAGGGUUUUGGUGGAGGAGCAAAGAAGGGGGGAAAUGGGGAGAGGGUUGAAGUCAAAAUGGAAGAUAAUCGUGUCGUUUCGGAUGAGGGGUUUGGUGAAGGGAGAAAGAAGGAGAGAAAGAGGAAGCGGGUUGAAGUUAAAACGGAAGAAAAUCGUGUCGUUUUGGAUGAGGGGUUUGGUGGAGGAAGAAAGGAGAGGGGAAAGGGGAAGAAGAGAAAGCGCAAUGGUGAAGAAAUUGGGAAAGGGUGGACGGAGGAACAAGAGUUGGCUCUUGAAAGAGCGUAUUUGGCUGCAAAGCCUAGUCCACAUUUCUGGAAGAACGUUUCCAAACUGGUAUGCUUCGUUCUCUCCGUCUCUGAGUGA